UUUUACAUAUCCAUCGCACCGUAUCGCAUCGGUGAAGUGGCGACACGCUCAUCCAUCCAUCCAUCGAUAAUAAAUUAAUUGAUUAAAAUAUGCCGGGACUGACCAUUGGCGACACGCUCCCCGACCUCGAAGUUGAAACGACGUUGAAUGGAGUGAUCAGGCUCCACGAUUACGUGGGCGAUAGCUACACCAUCAUCUUCUCUCACCCGGCAGAUUUCACCCCCGUCUGCACCACGGAGAUGGGGGCGAUGGCGGCGUACGCCCCCAAGUUCGCCGAGAUGGGAGUCAAGCUGCUGGGGCUGUCCUGUGAUGACGUCCAAUCCCACCGGGACUGGAUCAAGGACAUCGAGGCCUACGCAGCAUGCAAGGUCACCUACCCCAUCGCUGCUGAUCCGGACCGCAAGGUCAUCAAGCAGCUCAACAUGGUUGACCCCGAUGAGAAGGACCCAUCGUCCGGUCAACCGCUUCCCUCUCGGGCUCUGCACAUAAUUGGUCCGGACAAGAAGAUAAAGUUGAGUUUCCUGUACCCGGCGAGUACGGGGCGCAACAUGGAUGAAGUGGUGAGGGCGGUGGAGUCCCUGCAGCUGGCGGCCAAGGCCAAGCACAAGAUUGCGACGCCCGCCAAUUGGAAAUCUGGAGAGCCGGUGGUGAUAUCGUCUAGUGUCUCUGCUCAGGAAGCCCAACAGAUGUUUUCCCAGGGGUACCACACCACGCCUCUACCCUCUACCAAGAAUUACCUUCGAUUCACCAAUCCCCAAUCUGCAACUUAGCAGCAGUAGUAGCUCUGGAUAUCCUAAAGGAGUAGCAGGAGUCAGUCUGUCUAUUUAUUUCUCUUUUUUUUUUUUUAAAGAUCGACGCCGCUUUAUUUGUACUUUGUACGUCCAUUUUAAUUUUGUCUAAUAUCUUUAUCCUAAGUGCAAUAUAUCUUUUAUAGAGAGCCAUUUCCAAUA